AUGGUUACAAUUCGCUCGAUCAUCUCGACCACCGUACUGAUUAGCCUCGUGCUUUUCACCAGUCCAGCUGAAAGCGCAAGCGCCCCAGGCCCGUGCACGACCAAGGCUCCUUGCACCACGGCCAAGGCUCCUUGCACCACCGCCAAGGCUCCUGUCAUCACCUCCAAGGCUCCUUGCACCACCGCCAAGGCUCCAAUCAUCACCACCAAGGCUCCAUGCACCACCGCUAAGGCCCCUGUCAUCACCUCCAAGGCUCCUUGCACCACCAAGGCUCCAUGCACCACUGCCAAGGCACCUGUCAUUACCACCAAGGCUCCUGUCAUCACCACGAAGGCUCCUGUCAUCACUACGAAGACUCCUUGUACCACUAAGGCUCCUGUCAUUACCACGAAGGCUCCUGUCAUCACCUCCAAGGCUCCUUGCACCACCGCCAAGGCUCCAAUCAUCACCACCAAGGCUCCAUGCACCACCGCUAAGGCCCCUGUCAUCACCUCCAAGGCUCCUUGCACCACCAAGGCUCCAUGCACCACUGCCAAGGCACCUGUCAUUACCACCAAGGCUCCUGUCAUCACAACGAAGGCUCCUGUCAUCACCACGAAGACUCCUUGCUCCUUGCACCACCAAGGCUCCAUGCACCACUGCCAAGGCACCUAUCAUUACCACCAAGGCUCCUGUCAUCACCACGAAGGCUCCUGUCAUCACCACGAAGACUCCUUGUACCACGAAGGCUCCAAUCAUCACCACGAAGGCUCCUUGUACCACGAAAGCUCCAUGCACCACCGCUAA